AUGAGUAUGAGCUCGUUCAGAUGGUCUAGAUGUACGUCGUCAUCCCAAACCAAUGUCGAAUGGAGAAUCUCGCUUUCAUUCUUCACAUUUACCAUCAAUUCAAUAUCGCCAAACAGUUCCGUUCGUCCCUUUAUAGGAUCUCUUAAGUGGUUUCCUGGUCGGAACUUCGUUCGUGAAUCCUGUGCCACCAUGUAUACUAUGACUGUGUAUCUAGUUUUCGGGUAAAUGCGCACACCAGCUGUCCAUGUUUCUCUAUUACUUAUCCAGUCGAAACUUAGCUUACAAGACCGGUCAGUCACAUUUUCACGCCCGAAGGUACGGCCGUCGGCCGCGUACCAUCCAUAGCUCUUCAAAUCAUCUCCCUGA